AUGGCGGAAGAUGGGGCAAAGUAUCAGCUGACUCAGGCAAAAUAUGGUAAAAAGCAAAAGGAAAAAGACGAUUCUGACAUAGAAGUGGAGGAUAAUAAAGACAUAUCAAAGAUACUCCAUCGGAAGUUGUCAGAUGUUGGGGCCUACUCCUAUUCAGCGUUGUGUGCUGUCUCCUUUCUUCAGCUCUUUGAAGACAAAUGGCACAAUGACUUCAAGAAAGCCUCCAUGGAAAGGAUCGUGGAACACUUGCAUCUACCCAGCCAGGCCAGAGACUCUGUAAUGGCCAUCAUGGAAGGUCAAGGUUUUGAUGAUGCUCGUCCCUAUGUAGACAUGGUGUUAGAUGAACCAGUCCUGGAAAAGUCUGGAGUGCCGGUUGUUUCAGACCUCAUAGCUCUAUCAAUAUCUAAUGGUUGCUAUGACUCACGAAUGAGAGUGUUGAUCAAACAUAUCGCUUGGCAGCUGAGAGUUAGCUGGGACACUCUGGAAGAGACAGAGGCGUCAAUGGUUGAUUCUCUAGACUCCGCCAGCCAGUACACUUAUGAGAUGUCUGAGGAAGAAAAGAAAGAAAAACAGAAAAAUUCAAGAAAGGAAAAAGCCAAACGGUUUGCUCUUAUUGGUCUAGCUACAACAGUAGGAGGGACAUUGAUUGGUUUGACUGGUGGUCUGGCAGCUCCAUUAGUAGCAGCUGGUGCUGGGGCUAUCAUUGGUGGAACUGGGGCAGCUGUGCUUGGGUCGUCAGCAGGUGUGGCCAUCAUAGGUUCCCUGUUUGGUGUAGCAGGAGCUGGACUUACAGGAUACAAGAUGAAAAAACGAGUGGGUGCAGUUGAAGAAUUUGAGUUUGAGCCUUUGGUAUUUGGUACACGACUUAAGGUGGAUCCUCAUCCUGCUAAACAGUUACAUAUUACUAUAGCUGUGUCAGGAUGGCUUUCCACUUCUAUGACGGAUUUUCGGUAUCCUUGGUAUUCACUUGCUGAAUCUCGGGAACAGUACAGCCUUCGUUGGGAGUCCAAGUACUUGAUACAACUUGGACGAGCUCUUGACUACCUCUUAGGGGGUGCUAUGUCUGUAGCCACGCAGGAGGCCCUCAAAUACACAGUACUCUCAGGUAUAAUGUCUGCUAUCACCUGGCCAGCAACUCUGGUUUCCAUGGCGAGUGUGAUUGACAAUCCAUGGAGUGUAUGUAUACAGCGAGCAACAGCUGUGGGACGAGAACUUGCAGAGGUGCUACUUGCAAGAGAACAGGGACAGCGGCCAGUCACUCUCAUAGGAUUCAGUCUUGGUGCCAGAGUUGUCUUCUCUUGUUUAGAGGAACUCUCCAAAAGGAAAGGAUGUGAGGGCAUCAUAGAAGAUGCUAUACUACUGGGGGCCCCGGUGUCAGGUGACCCCAAACUUUGGUGUGGUUUAACACGAGUUGUUGGAGGGAAAAUCAUCAAUGGGUAUUGCAGAGGUGAUUGGCUACUGAAGUUCCUGUUCCGCACUGCAUCUGUCCAUUUAACAACGGUUGCCGGGCUUAGCCCCAUUAAAUGGGAUAACCGUCGCAUGCACAACAUCGAUCUCAGUGAUGUGGUGAAUGGCCAUAAAGACUACCUGAAGCAGCUAGAUGUCAUUAUGAAAGUUGUUGGGGUCCGAACCAAGGGUGAUGUUAAACUUCCUUCCAAACGUUCUGGGGAGCCUCUGCUUCAUGAAGACAGUUGCGACAGUUUCACCAGUAGUGACAGCGAGGUAGAUACCAGUUCAGAUGUUGUACGAAAUAUAAACCUCCCAGCAGACAAAGAACAAAGGAGUUUAGGAGGAAGCAUUGAAGAACCAGAUCUAAGUUUUGUGGUAUUGCCUAAGGACAAGGAGUGUGAAGAGGGUGGUGUUGAUUCUGAACCACCAAACUCAUCCAUGGAGGAGGAUUCCAUCCUCAAUAGCGAUGUCCUAAGUAGUGACGAAAAUCCAGGAUUUUCCAGAAAUAUCUCAACAGACCAGUCAGAUCAAAGAUUUGAGCCAUUUGCUCAAAGCUCUGAUAUGUCUAGAAAUGUUUUAAUAGAUCAGAGCUUUGAAUCCAGUACUGAAAUACAAAAAGAUUUGAAAUUCCAUCAAGUAAUGGCUGACAGUGACUCCACAGAUUUGAGUUUUGUACCCAUAGAUGAUACAAGUAUACCUGUAGAUCAGAAUAUCACACCUGACCAAAAGAUCCUGUGCAGUUUUGAAAAUUUAAAAAUAAAGAAAGAGGAAACAUACAAAGAUGAUUCAUGUACCUCAAAAUGUUGUGUGCAGUCUGUUGACCUAGCGGAUUUGAGUUUUGCGAAAACAAGUAAAGAAGAUAGUUCGGAUGCAACUAGUGGAGACAGAAUUUCUGUGGAUUUGUCUAACCAAAGUUUCAAACAGUAUCUGGGAACGGUGAUUGAUUGUGACCUUGAAGGAGAUUGA